AUGGGAGACGGGCUCUCGGUGGACUCGGAGGAGCUCAAAGUCGGGACCAAGGUUGCGCGGUAUUCUGAGGCGCUUCGGGUUCUGUGUGGAUACGUACAACAGAAGCCUGCGGACGUGCGAGCUGCGCUCGGUUCGCUUGCCAACACGCUCGAAAUGGCAACAGUCAUGCGGGCGAUCAAGCAACACCAUCUGUCGUUGGUGAACCCCGUCACUCUGGAUCGUCGCCAGGAUGUCGACACCGUCCUCGUCCUCCUCAUCAAGGACGAGGGGCACCAGAUGGUGAAGGACGUCAACAGCCCUGCCCACGCUCAAGAGUACGGCCGGGACAUGACCAUGGCCACGCAAGCGUACCGGUGCACGACGGCCACGGCCGCGCAGAGCCAAGGCAGCCAACAGGGGAUCUGCAUGUACACGAUCGUGGCGGGCACUCUCCUGAGGGAGCUCAUGCCGCCCGCGGACUCCCAGUACGUGUAUACAACGCAUCUCCUCACGCCCAUCGACCCUCAGCGAGCGCGGGAGAUGCUGAGACAGUACGUGGAGGGGUUCGGUGGAGCU